AAGGGGCCCUUGAGAGGCACGUCAAUAGUCACAUGGCCUCCAACUGUGGAGGCGCACUCUCACUCGCGGCCGCCAAUCGCAACAAAAUCGACGCCAACAGCCCGUUCAAGGGAGUCGGGAGGAGGAAGAAGCAGCGCUGCAGGAAGCAGAGACUCAAUCUUGGUCAACACGUCGACUACUUUGAUAAGCGUGUCAUGGAGCUGAUAAAACAUCGUCUCGCUUCAUCCAUCAGUUUCACACGACGUCGGCGCAUCACUGCACUUUUAGGGGACAGGUCCUUGCUAAGCGGAGAGUGGCCGGGAAGAGGCACAACUGCUCGUUCAGUGGUUUCCAGCCUCAAUAAUUCCCGACGAGUGGGUCCCCUGAAAGAGUUUCAUCCCGAAAAGACUGUCCACUCACCUCCUCCCAAAAGAUAA